AUUAGGACAAUUACUCGAAUCUUUUUUUAGUCUUCUUUUAUAUCUAUAUUUUUUCCACAGUUCUUUUUGAAACUAAAAUCAGAAGAGAGAUUUUCUUCUAAACAAAGUUUUAAAUUAGGCCCUAAAGGAAAAAAAAAAAACAUUAAACCCAUUUUUUAAACAAAAAAAAAGACAUGAGUUCAAACAUUCCAGGCUCGCCUCAUCCUUACUUUGAUGAAAAAGCUGGAGAAAGAGAGACUCGCAUUAGAACACUAUUUGAGGAACUAGAUUGUAAAAAGAGAGGCUAUUUGGAUGCAGAAGCUAUUCUCGGAGGCUUUCUAAAGUUGACUCAUUUACCUGCUCAUACGCGUUACGUUACAGACCUGCUCGCCAAAUGUGAUACUGCACAUGAUGGGAUUAUAGACUAUCAAGAAUUCAGAACCUACGUAUUGGAUAAAGAAAAAGACCUUUGGCAACUCUUUGCGGAAAUCAACAAAUCCGGUGACGAUUAUCGAUUACACCCCAAUGAUCUAGAAAACGCUUUGAAAGCAGCUGGUAUACAUGUCACCAAUGACGAUAUAGCAAAAUUUAUGCAGGUCAUCGAUGUUGAGGGUAAUGGUUAUAUUGAUUUCCAGGAUUGGAGAGACUUUUUACUGUUAUUACCACGCGAAACGACGAUUUUAGAGAUAUAUCAAUAUUACCAAACUUCAACCCAACUCACCCAUGAUGCAGAAGUUGUUAUUCCCCACACAGACGAAACAGCCAAUAACGCCUAUAAAUAUUUAGCAGCUGGUGGCAUGGCAGGUGCUGUUUCAAGAACAUGUACAGCACCCUUUGAUAGACUGAAAGUAUACCUCAUUACACAAACCACUGCAUUUUCAAAACAUACAACCACAGCAGCCACAAAUAGUGCACCUGUGAAACCUCAAUCCGCCAUCCUCACAGGUUUAAAGAAUAUCUAUCACCAAGGUGGAUUUCGUGCCUUCUUUGUCGGUAAUGGUUUAAACGUUAUUAAAAUUGUGCCUGAAUCCGCCAUCAAAUUUUACGUCUUUGAAACAACCAAAUCCAUUUUAGCCGAAUUAACCCAUUCAGAAGAUAAAAACGCGAUUCCUGUAGGUGCAAGAUUCAUUGCUGGUGGUGUCGCUGGUCUUUGUGCUCAAUUUUGUAUUUAUCCCGUCGAGACUUUAAAGACUCGGAUCAUGUCUUCCAUGAUCAUUGAAUCUAAUAACGGUAAAGUCAAAGGAGCAGGUCAUGAUGCUGCUUUUAAAGCCAAACAGAAAAACUUGAUUGCCAAUACCGCAAGAUCCAUGUAUAGAGCAGGUGGAUUAAGAGGUUUUUGGCCCGGUUUGACCGUAAGUUUAAUGGGUGUGUUUCCUUACCAAGCGUUGGAUAUGGGUAUCUACGAGACUUUAAAAGUCACCUAUCUUCAGUACAUGAACAGCCAAAAGGAUGAAAACGGAAAAGGAAAAUCGCCCAACGUACUUGUACUCUGGGCUUGUGGUAUGGUGAGUGGUUCCAUUGGUGCCAGUAGUGUAUAUCCGUUAAACAUGAUCAGAACAAGGUUACAAGCACAAGGAACACUAGCACAUCCAUAUAGAUAUACCUCUGCAUGGGAUGCCGCGAAAAAGACCUUGCGUGCUGAUGGUAUAGGCGGAUUUUACAAAGGUUUGGGCCCUACACUUUUCAAAGUAGUGCCUUCUGUUAGUAUUAGUUACGCUGUGUACGAGUUUAGUAAAAGAUCCUUGGGUAUCUCUUAGAUUUUUCUUUUUCCCCCUUUUUUUUUCUUUUUUUAAAAAACCCUUAAUUAUAUUAUCUUAGAUUUACUGUAAAUAAAAUUACAACCUUUUUUUUUUAUUUUUUA